CCGUAUUAUUGUUAGCACACUCUCUGUACAAUAACCAUAAUCGGAAUCUGGAAAUCCUUUUAUGGAAAAAUUUUCAGAAUAAUUAUUGGCUGAUCGAUUUUUCGCCACUGCUGAUUAGUUUUCACACUGACAUAUGUGGUGGAUUGUUAACUGAUGAUCUGGUGUAAUUAAAAUUAUCCGCUAAUUUAAAACUGAUGCAAAUGUCCCAGGAAUUCGACACACAAGAGGAUGGAGACUUCCAGAUGGAGCCUGACAGUGAGGAAGAGGACGACAGUUCGGAAAAGCAAGCCAAGGAUCCUGAUUAUGAUUUCGACGACCAGGAAUCGGGCGGUGGUUUUACAGAUGACGAUGAGGAAAUUGAUGACGAUUCCACCAUGCAGAGCACAAGUGAUAUCGCAGAAGCUGCGCUCAACAAGGAUCAAGUUUGGGAUGCCAGUGGAGAAUCUUCGCAGCAGCCGACGACCCCAGCGAUACCUUCAUCAUCACGUCAUAAGCACAGAAACUCGUCCGGCGGUUAUUCCAUUGGCGUAGUGACCGAGUUGAUUCCUUGGCUGAAAAGAAAUUUCCGGUUGAGCCGAAACGCCAACGCCAUAAUGCCACGCAGUGAGCUGUAUGCAAAGUAUGAGCGGUUUUGCGAGCAGAACAAUUUAACAGUGGUCAACUCAGCGUGCCUGGGAAAAGUUUUGCGCCGUAGUUUUCCCGGUGUGGACACGAGACGCCUUGGUCGCCGAGGAGAGUCCAAAUAUCACUACAUCGGUCUCGAAGUUAAUCCCGAUGGAGAAAACACUGACCAAACUGAGCUCAAUACACCGACGGAGAGUUACACCAAACGCCAAGUCGCCGUGGAAAGAUGCAAACCCAGACGAAAUCUGCCUCAUAUGCCGAAAAAACGCAGUUCGCUGUUUCGGAUUUUGGCAGCGCUAGACGAUAAUGACCGGAUCGCGGUUGUAAUAGCACAGCUGCGAGAAACCAUUCACGCCAUAGGUGCACAACACACGUCGUUCCUUCCGGAUGUGCUGCAAGGCGACGAGAAAUGGACACAUGUUCUACCGUUGCCAGAACUGCAGGCUGAAGAAAUGUCGAUGGGGUUUAAAAAUGAAGAUGUGACUAAUUUUGUGGCUUCGUUUCGUAUUCAUCUGGGAAUGGUGGCAUACUGUAUUGUUUCUGGAGCGUUCUUAUCCGUUCCAGAUUUAUUCCACAAUUUCUGGAUUUCGCGAACGACCAGUCUACAGGUUACAGAAUGCGUUAGUGGUUUCGAUACCACUGUGGUCAAUGCUUUGUAUGGAUGGGAACUUCUGCAACAUUUCGUUCGCGACUGCUAUUUGGGUACCUACAAAAAGAUUGAAGAGCAGUUUGCCACCCGAUUUGAGCUGAUUACCGGCGGCGCUUUUACCGGCAUUAUCGGUGAAUUUGCCCAAAAAUUCCCAGGAUGGAUACGCAGUGCAGUGGGGGAUUUGGAUAGUGACAUGCUGCACAUUCUGCAUACCUCGGCCCAAAGUUUAUCUUUCCGGUUGAAAAAAGCAAUCGAGCUCCAUGUUGCAUUUGCAAAAGUAUAUUGCAUGCAGAACGAUCCAGCUAAAAUUGAGUACAUGCGCCAGAUAUUCCAGCAAGUGUUACCGGCAUGGAAACAGCACAUCGAAGUCGGUUUUACGGCGUUGCAACAGGAAGAAAUGCAUGACGCUGUGAUAGUGACCACUAAUUUACUAUCACAGCCGUGUAACCUUAUGGAGUGGCGAUUAUGGAUUACCGAUACCUUUCAAAAGAAAUUAGCAAGUGUAGAGACAACUAGUGUUGAACUGGAAUCGAACGCGAUUUUGGAAAAUAAAAUACAGGCAGUUCGCGACAUCGUGCUUAUGUGGACCAUAAUAAGCAAACGACUUAUUGCAAUUGCGAGAACGGACGUAAAGCCGAUUGAUAAACUAACUCGUAUUGAACCUUUUUUCUGGUUGAUGGAAUUUUUCCAAAAAUUUGUUAAAGCAGCAGCAGAAGACCUGAUUGCCAGUAUUCAGAAUACCCCUAUUAUCUCCCAGCUUUAUCAGGUGCUGUCGGAGAAUGCCAACAGCAACGAGUCCGCUAAGCCUCACGAUGUGCAUCUUUCCACUCUAACAAAUUUCUGUGUUGAAAAUUUGGAGCAGAUUAAUCCUAAUAAUCAAGAUUUCUUUUCGGCAUGUGCAGAUAUAAAAUCGUAUAUCCUGCGUGAUGCAGAUAAAAUAUGUUUAAAUGAAAAAGUUGAUGAGUUCAUUGAUAAAAAUACCGCGAAUGAUCAGUCAAUUCUGGAACAGCUGCUGCGUUAGUAUUUGUGCUAGUGAUUUUAUU